UUUUGAAUUGCAGUUUUUUUAACUGCAAUUACGACAACCACAUUGGGGUUAAGGCAUAGUCAUUUCAACCUGUGUUUGACAACUCCAUAUUUUGCCGUAAUUGUCCCAACCUUGUUUUGAAAUGAAACUGCGAUUUAAAUACACCUAGGGUUUCUAAUACGUGCAUUCACAACACAAAAUUGAAAAUGGCUUCUUCACGUUUUAGUUCCAUUUUCCUUCUUUCUAUCAUCUUGACCAUAAGCAAAUUUGCAUUGGGUGGGAAUUUCUACGAAGAUUUUGACAAUCUCUUUGGAGAUGUAAGGGUUGACAUAAAAGAUGAAGGCCAAAGCAUGACCCUAACAAUGGAUGAAUAUUCUGGCUCAGGCAUUGUAUCAAAGAAUGAGUAUUUGUUUGGAAGAUUCGACAUGAAAAUCAAGCUUGUACCAGGAAACUCUGCAGGAACUGUCACAGCAUUUUAUCUAAGCUCUCAAGGAUCAAACCAUGAUGAGAUAGAUAUAGAGUUCUUGGGCAACUUGACUGGUGAUCCUUAUUUGCUCUCAACCAAUGUAUAUGCCGAUGGUGUUGGGGGUCGUGAGAUGCAGUACUAUUUGUGGUUCGACCCAACAGAGGACUUCCACACGUAUUCCAUAGAUUGGAACCCUGAUCGCAUAAUAAUCUUGGUGGAUGACAUUCCCAUCAGAGUUAUGCUCAAUAGGCAAACCAUUGGUGUUCCUUUCCCUACAAGCCAACCCAUGAGGCUUUACACUACCCUUUGGAAUGGAGACUCUUGGGCAACAAGAUGGGGGGCAGUGAAGCUUGAUUUGUCAAAUGCUCCAUUCAUUGCAGGCUUCAAACAUUUCAAUGCUAAUGCUUGCAUUGCAAAGGAAGGUGGUGCAAGUUGCAAGGGGUUCAAUCGUGGCAUAUUUAGAGAUCUUGAUCAAGAAAGCAAGAAAAAAAUGCGAAAGGUACAAUCAAAAUGGAUAGUUUAUGAUUAUUGUCGGGAUUUAAGACGUUAUGCUCAUGGUCUCCCAUUUGAAUGCCGCAAGGAGAAUCUAUUAGAUCAAUCCAAAUAGUAAUUGCAUUAAUCAUGCAUUUUGCACCUUCGUUUAAUUUGUUCAAUUCAAAUUAUGGAAUGAUUUCCUAAAAGCUGAAUUGACUAUGACAGUAGAUGUAAUUGUUAUGUUAUAUAAUGUGUAUUUGAAUUGCCGUGAAAGUUUGUUAUUCUAUUAAAGGGGAUGAAUUUGAA